UUCAACAAACCUUCUCUCCCUUUCUUUUUCUUUAGCUUUGCCUAAAGAAGCUUAACAAAGAGAAAUACAGAUAACAAGCACAUACCAUUUCUAGCAGAAUUUCAAUCUUCUUCUCUCAAAGAAAGGUAAAGGAAAAGAAAAGAGAAGAAAGAAAAGGAGAGGCUUAGCUUCUUCCUUGUAUUUGAAGACUCUUUCUGUGAAGAUGUUUGAUUCCUUAAGCCCAUGCUCACUUGAAGCUUCUCAGAUUCCUCUCUCUUUCCCUUCCUUUUCAAUAAAAUCCAUUAUUGCCCAAGUGCUUAAAACCUCUCCUCUUUGCUUCAAAUACUUCCAAACUCAAUUUUCUUGAACAUAUUCUCAGAAAACAAACAUGGUCCCUUUCAUUGUUUUGACACUUUUCUCUCUUCUUAGUAUCUCUUCUUCUUCUUCUUCUGCUUCUUCUUUAGUUAGUGAUUUCCAUGUCUUAGUCAAACUUAGAAAGGGUUUUGAAUUCUCUGACUCCAUUCUAAGUACUUGGAAUUCUUCAAGUCCUAGCUCAGUUUGUUCUUGGGCUGGAAUUCAAUGCUCAAGUGGACGUGUUGUCUCAGUGGACUUAACAGAUUUGAAUCUGUAUGGUUUUGUGUCACCUCAAAUUUCCAAACUUGACAGGCUUACCAACCUCUCUCUUGCUGGAAAUAACUUCACAGGUAUCAUUGAGAUUGCAAAUUUGAGCAAUCUUCAAUGGCUAAACAUCUCAAACAACCGUUUCAGUGGUGACUUGCAUUGGAACUACUUGAGCAUCGCCAACUUGGAAGUGUUGGAUGCCUAUAACAACAACUUCACUGCCUUUCUUCCACUUGGGAUUUUGAGCUUGAAGAAGCUCAGAUACUUGGAUCUUGGUGGCAAUUAUUUCUAUGGUAAAAUCCCAGAAAGCUAUGGAAAUCUAGUCAGCUUGGAGUAUCUUUCUCUAGCUGGAAAUGAACUUCAUGGAAAAAUCCCUGGUCAGUUGGGCAAUCUCACUAACUUGAGAGAGAUUUACUUGGGCUAUUACAAUGUUUUUGAAGGUGGCAUUCCUGUGGAGUUUGGAAAGUUGGUAAAUCUAGUUCACAUGGAUAUUUCUAACUGUGAAUUAGAUGGACCAAUUCCAAGUGAUUUGGGGAACUUGAAGGCUCUUGACACUCUCUACUUGUAUGGCAAUCUGCUUUUGGGUUCAAUUCCAAAGCAAUUAGGCAACUUGACAAACCUGGUGAACCUUGAUCUUUCCAACAAUGCACUCACUGGUGAAAUCCCAUCUGAGUUCAUCAAUCUCAAACAGCUCAAGCUCUUGAACCUCUUCAUGAACAACUUACACGGCUCUAUACCGGACUACAUUGCUGACUUUCCCAAUUUGGAAACUCUUUGCUUGUGGAGGAACAACUUCACUGGUGUGAUUCCCGAGAAUCUUGGCCAAAAUGGAAAGCUUCAAGAGCUGGAUUUGUCCACAAAUAAGCUCACUGGUACAAUCCCUUGGAACCUUUGUUUGUCAAAUCAACUUACAAUACUAAUUCUCUUGCAAAACUUCCUCUUUGGUCCUAUUCCUCAAGGAUUUGGAACAUGUUCAAGUCUUAUUAGAGUUAGGUUGGCACACAAUUACUUGAAUGGUAGCAUCCCAAAUGGCUUCCUAUACUUGCCUCAACUAAACUUAGUAGAGUUGCAAAACAAUUACCUAUCAGGAACAUUGUCAGAGAAUACCAAUACUUCUUCAAAACCAAUCAAGUUAGGCCAACUUGAUUUAUCAAACAAUCUCCUAUCUGGUCCUUUACCUUGUUCAUUUUCAAAUUUCUCUUCCAUCCAAAUCCUUUCCCUUAGUGGCAACCAAUUCUCUGGUCCAAUCCCUCCUUCUAUAGGAGAACUCACUCAAGUAGUAAAACUUGAUUUGAGUCAAAAUUCACUCUCCGGUCCAAUCCCACCCGUAAUUGGAAACUGUUACCAUUUGACAUACCUUGACAUGAGCCAGAACAACCUCUCUGCCUCAAUCCCACCAGAAAUUUCCAAUAUGCCUAUACUCAAUUACUUGAACUUAUCCAGAAACCACUUGAACCAAACAAUUCCAAGAUUCAUUGGAACCAUGAAAAGCCUCACAAAUGCCGAUUUCUCCUUCAAUGAUUUCUCCGGUAAGCUACCUGAAUCUGGUCAAUUUGCUUUCUUUAAUGCCUCAUCUUUCGCGGGUAAUCCUCAACUUUGUGGUCCUCUACUUAACAAUCCUUGCAAUUUCACCACAAUCACAACCACACCCAGAAAAUCCUCUGCAUAUUUCAAGCUAGUCUUCGCUCUUGGCCUUUUGAUUUGUUCUCUAAUGUUUGCUGUUGCUGCCAUAAUCAAGGCCAAGUCAUUCAAAAGAAAUGGCCCAGAUUCAUGGAAAAUGACCGCUUUCCAAAAGCUUGAGUUCAAGGUCUUUGACAUCCUUGAAUGUGUGAAAGAUGGCAAUGUUAUUGGAAGAGGUGGAGCUGGUGUUGUUUACCAUGGAAAAAUGCCAAAUGGGGUUGAAAUUGCGGUCAAAAAGCUUCUUCGAUUUGGCACAAAUAGCCAUGACCGUGGCUUUCGAGCUGAAAUUCAAACAUUGGGCAACAUUAGGCAUCGAAACAUUGUGAGGCUGCUCGCAUUCUGUUCUAAUAAGGAGACCAAUCUCCUCGUUUAUGAGUACAUGAGAAAUGGUAGCCUUGGCGAAGCACUGCACGGGAAAAAGGGUGCAUUCUUGAGUUGGAAUUUGAGGUACAAAAUUGCCAUUGAAUCAGCUAAAGGCCUAUGCUACCUUCACCAUGAUUGUUCACCACUGAUUCUUCACCGAGAUGUGAAAUCCAACAACAUCUUGUUGGAUUCCAAUUUUGAAGCACAUGUUGCUGAUUUUGGGCUAGCCAAGUUCUUGGUUGACGGUGGUGUAUCAGAAUGCAUGUCAACAAUUGCAGGGUCUUAUGGCUACAUUGCUCCUGAGUAUGCAUACACAUUGAGAGUUGACGAGAAGAGUGAUGUUUAUAGUUUUGGAGUUGUUCUCCUCGAACUUCUCACGGGCCGUCGUCCGGUUGGUGAUUUUGGAGAAGGUGUGGAUAUAGUACAAUGGGCCAGAAGGGUAACCAACUGUCGCAAGGAAGAGGUUGUGUGCAUUGUUGAUCCUAGGCUAACAAUGGUGCCCAAAGAUGAGGCAAUGCACUUGUUCUUCAUUGCAAUGCUAUGUAUCCAAGAAAAAAGUGUUGAACGCCCAACAAUGAGAGAAGUAGUUCAAAUGCUCUCAGAGUUCCCUCGCCACUCACCAGAUUACCAAUCAUCAUCAUCUUCAAUUGUUCAACAACAACAAACAAAGAAUCUUGAAAAAGAGUGGAGUUGCCCUAAAUUGAAGCAAGAUCUUUUGGUUUAAGUGACUUUUUUUUUUCUUUUUUCUUUUUGAGGUUUAAUGGUGCCUUAAAUUGGUUUUUAUUUUGUUAUAGCCUUACUAUCAGCAAAGUGAAUCUUUUUUUUUUUUUUCCUUAGAUUUAGGCAUAGGGAUUUGGUGGCCGCAAAUAGAGUUAGGAAUAACUAAUGGGUGCACUUUUAGGUAGAUAGCGUGCUAUGUUAAGAGGAUCAUGCACGCUCUUUGUAGGUUUUUUUUUUUUUUUUUUUUUUUUUUUUUUUUUUUUUUUUUUUUUUUGGGAACUCUUUGUAGUUUGUAUCAUACUAUCUCAUAUUAUAUAUAUACAUCUUAUAUUC